UUAGUGGAUAAACAACAAAAACAACAGCAACAGCAGCUACAACAACCACAACACCUAUUACAAAUCUCCCCAACAGUAGCAGCAGCAGCAGCAGUAGCAGCAUCGGCGGCGCCAGUGUCACAAACAACGAGCAAAGCUUCACACAGGCGUUCACAUUCGCAAACGAAAUUCAAAAUUCGUAAAACCGAAUCGGUGCAGGAGACGCAUUUUGAUGGCAGCAAUACCACCACUACGCCCACCAAACGGGCCGCCAGCAAGAAACGCCACUCAAUGCGCAAAUCACGUUCACUUGACGCCGAGGCAUACACGCUGGCCUGCGUACAAUCGCCCCUCUGGGCGACGUUAACAAAUGCCCGAACAAUCAAUGAAAUACUGCAGGACGAAUACUAAGGCAGCGGACGAAGAGCAAACAAAGUAAAGAAAGCAGAAAGCAGCGAUGGUGAAGGCAAGUGGUAUGCUGGUCGAAAAAGAGGAAGGAGUAUCUAUAAAACGCGAGUCGAGUGUGAGUCAGCAAAUUCCAACCCAACCCAGCCAUUUCGUGCGAGAAUGAGUUCAAUUCGGGCACCCCCGCAACACCGUCAAUCCAUGCAGCAAAUGCAAUUAAUUCAGCAAAAAAAAAAAUGGGGGAAACACCCAAACAAUUGGGAAGUGUAAAAAAUUAUAUAAUUAAGUAAAAAGGAGUUUCCCCAGCAGUAUUAAAGCAAAGUUAUCAAAGAAUUUUACAAUUACGUCUCGUUUAAUGUGUUGAUACCCUUUUAUUAUGUAUGUAAAUUGAAAAAAACUAUAUAUAGCGUAAAUGUAUACAUAUACAGCGAUGCAUUGAUAUUUGAAAAUUAUGUAACAUAGCGAAAAAUUACCGUAAGAAAAUUGUACUAAAGAAUUUACUAUCUAAAUUUGUAUUAUUUGCAAUGUUAAUUAAAUAAACCCUUAAAAUUCAUGGGAGAUGAAAGAAGAAACAAAAAACAAAAUAAU